AUCCCUAACCUUUCUUACAGAAUUCGGGGUCACGCAAUACUUGUGGACUACUGGCAUGACCCUAUGUACUUCACUGCCGCUUUUCCAACUCUGUUUCCGCAUGGUAUUGGAGGCCACCUGGAAGAUCGUCCGUUUGCAUUUACCGAAUCGGCGUUGAGGCACCAUAGCAGGAGGUAUGUUUCGCCUAAAAAAUCCAUCCAUCACUUCUGA